AUGGACCUUUUGAUGGUGUACUGGGCUUUUCCCAGGGAGCCUUUUUUUACAGCAUCCUUACCGGGAAUGCAAUCCAAGGGAGUGGCUCUCACAAAGGUUCCAAAGAUAAAGUUUGUACUAAUAAUAUCAGGGGGUAAAUUUGGAGGACUUAAGUUUGGGUCACCCAAGCCGGCCGCUAAUAAUGCAUUUUCUUCUCCAGUCAAAUGUCCCUCCCUCCACAUUAUAGGUGAGAAGGACUUCUUGAAGGAAAGGGGGAUUGCAUUAUUGGAAUCAUUUGAGAACCCCACUGUGAUUCAUCAUUCCAAGGGGCAUAUAAUACCAAGACUUGAUGGGGAAGGCCUCCAGACAAUGCUCAGCUUCAUUGACAUGGUUCAGAAAAUGCCAUAACAUGAAGAAUAGGAGAUCUGAUUGAAUGUAUUAUUUGUGCAAUCCCCCUUUCCUUCAAGAAGUCCUCCUCACCUUUUUAGCACAAAUGUGGUAACAUACAUGAGGAAUGGUGUCUUACAUGUAUGUAAAAACUUUAUGAGAAGAAUUUCAAAUCAUAUAUUGUUCUGAUUUUAUCUCAAGUAUAUGAAAUCUUAUUUACAUAGAUGCAAUAUGCAAAUAAAUGUGCAAGGAUGUCUAUAAGCCCAUUCUGUUAUUGUUCUUCUUACUAUGAUAGCUCCAAAAGUACUUCACGAUUUCUACUGAACAUAAAUCAAACCAAAAAAAAAAAAAGACUUAAUGUACUGAAUCUUAAAAAUUCAAUAAAAUAAGAGAGAUUAUUACUUGAUUUUUAUAGGGAGAAGACAAAUUCACUAUCAAUACAUCUAGCUGGAGAGGUACUCCCAUUAAUGGCUUGAGGCGUAAUUUAUUCAACCAAUCAAUGCAAUGGACCAAUGGUCA